ACACAAAUAUUCUUAUCCCAUCCAGACCAAACGAAAUCACUUUGAUUUAUCCGAAGCAACUGUCCUGUUUCGUCCAUGCGCAAAAUACACCUGCCAUUUUUCUCUGCACUUUUCCAUUAUUACCAAACAGAGAGUUUCCUAAAAAAAAAAAUCUUUGACGGAUAGAAGGAUUGGGGGUAAUGGACGGCAAUUCUACGGAGGCUGAACGGUGGCUGUCCAUAGCUGAGAAGCUCUUAGCGACGCGUGAUUUGCACGGGACGCGAACCUUCGCCAUCCGAGCCCGUGAAUCGGCCCCUAUCCUAGCCGACCAAAUCCUUGCGGUGACGGACACUCUCUUAACGGCGCAAUCUAAUCCUCAAGACUGGUACGGGAUCCUCCAACUCGUACCGUUAACUCAGUCCAUGGAAGUCGUGGCGAGUCAGUAUAGGAAACUCGCCCUUCUUUUGAAUCCUGGGAGGAACAGGCUUUCUUUCGCAGAUCAGGCGUUUCGAUUCGUUUCUGAAGCUUGGAAUGUGUUGUCGAACCCUUCUAAGAAGGCCAUUUAUGAUAACGAGUUGAAGUUCCUUCAGUUUGGUCAGGUGAGUCAACUCGGUCAACAACAACAUCAUCAACAACAACCAAAUCUACAGCAACAUCAGCAGCAGCCACCGCAAACGCAGAAUCUGUUCGUGCAACCGCAGCCGCCUCCUGAGCCGAAGGAAACCCAGACACUGUUUAUGCAAACUCCGCAGAAAGAAAUGACGACGCAAGCUACUCAACCACUAUUCACGAGAAGCAGCCCUAGAAACACUGAUAGAGAUGGGAAUGCUGCUUUAGGAGGAGGAGGGCAGUUGGGUCUAAAGAACAAGCCGCCGGAGCCGAUAUGGAGGAGGCAGAUGAAUCAGAUUGGCUUAGCUGGGUCGUGUCAGGUUAAUCAGUCAGGAUCAGUCGGUUCCAGCCAGAUUAAUCAGCUCGAGUCUACACAGACGAGUCAGGUUAAUCGGCCCGAGCCUAUUCGCAUGACCCAGAUUAAUCAAACAGGAACCCAUAACUCUCAGUUUAAUCUGCCUGAGUCUACUCGGGCGGGUCAAAUUAACCAGACAACAACUCCUCCUCCUAUGGAGAAUAGUCAGACACAGCCAACUAGUGUGAAUCAGCCUAGAGAAGCCACUGAGUCAGAGGGUCUGACUUUCUGGACAGCUUGUCCAUACUGUUACGUUCUCUACGAGUAUCCAAAGUUGUACGAGGAUUGUACAUUGAGGUGUCAGACUAAAAACUGCAGGAGAGCUUUUCAUGCGGUUGUGAUACCGUCGCCUCCAGUGAAUGGAAAGGACACACAUUUCAGCUGCUGGGGGUUUUUCCCAUUAGGAUUCUCGAGGGGCGGUAAUUUUCCCAGUUGGUCUCCUAUUUCGACCAUGUAUGCUUGCCCAAAUACUGCCAAAAAGUCUGCUCCAAGAGUGUAUUAUGAUGACGAUGAUGAUAUAUAUUUAGAUCUUUCUGACUCGAUUGGGACUUCUGAUGACGAUGAUGAUGAUGAUUGGCAGAAUGAGAAGAGGAAGAAGGCGAAGAAUGCCAAAGGGAAAGGGUCUGUGGGGCCAACUGCUAAGAAACCACUGAGUGAGAGAGUGAAGAACGCGACUAAUGAGAAAGCUGAUGUUGAUCGUAGUGGGAAUUUGAGUGGUGUCUCUGCAGUGCCUGAUGGUAUGCCGACUGCUGAGUCGAGUAAAAGGGGGGUUGUUAAUAGUGUGAGGAAGCAGAUGGGAAGGGGACAAAAGAAUUUGGGGAAGCUGGAUUUGAAUGUGGAGUUUAGUAAUGAAGUGGAGGAGACGGUGCCAAGGAGGAAUGAGGGGAAUCACGCUGGCUAUGGGGAGGAGGAUAACAUUGAGGAAAAUGGGUUCUUUGAGGGUCUUGAUGAGUUUUUGAGUAGCUUGCCUAUUCUUCCGGCUGUUGGGGAUGAUAAAGUUAAGGCUGCUCAGUGAAGUAAGAUCCUUUUUUUUUCUUGCAGUAGUUGUAGUAAUUAGAUGCUUCUAGUAUUUAACUAUGUUGAGAUGCUUAGGGAUGCUUUUAUAGCCUCUUCGAGGUUGAAUCCAACUGUAUAUUUUGCAGCAGCAUGUAUUGUCAAUAUUUUGAUCGUUUUGUGCUGCCUAUUUACUCUGAAUUAAAUUUCCUGUUUGGGAAGAUCGUUAGAAAGUUUGGUACAAAAUCAUGACAACUUGUGGAUUGAAGAUGGAAUGUUCUUUUCAUCAU